AUGAAGCUGGAAGUUAAGGAGCAACCCAAUCCUGGAAGCGGGGCCAGUGACCCCGCACCCCGUCUCGCUGCUGGCUGGGCUCGCCAGCUCCCCGGCAGGCUCAGCCAAAGCCUGGCCUCUCCCCAUGGCACGCCUGGGGCUGACGCGUCCCCAUGCCCGGUGUCACUCUGGGGCUGCCUCUCUCUUCCAGCCAGGCAAGAUCCAUCCCCCUCCCACAGAACUGCCCCAGGAGCGUGGCAGCAAGUGAUGACCAUCAUGAGAUCGGGCCCUGAAGACGCCUCCCCAGCGCCCCGGCUGGACCUGGGCAAGAAGAUGAGCACGCCACAGGACCUGAUGAUCGAGGAGCUCUCCCUGCGGAACAACCGCGGCUCCCAGCUCUUCCAGCAGCGCCAGAAGCGGAUGCAGCGCUUCGUCUUUGAGCAUCCCAGCAGCGACAAGAAGAUCCCAGUGCGGGGGGUGGGUGGCUCACACCACACUGAGAAAAGUCACCUGGAGGGAACAGCAAAUGAGUGGAUGGCAGGGGAGGAUGCCGAGGGCCAGCAGAGUUAUCACUCCGAGCUCCACGUGGCAGCAUCGCCCCAGGGUGGCCCCCCUGAAGUGCCCAAGAAGACAGAGAAAGUCUUGCAGAUGAGCAAAGUCCUCAACCCCGACGCUCUGGCCCCGGGGUACUCAGGCCCCCUCAAAGAAGUCCCCCCGGAGAAGUUCAACGUCACCGCCAUCCCUAAGGGCUACCGAUCCCCGUGGCAGGAUCUCCUUGGGGACAAGGACAAUGCUGUGCAUGGGGAGAACCAGCCACCCAUGAGACCCUCUCCAUGGGACUUCAGGAGCUUCAACAGGACUCCCACCCCCUUCGACAGAGCCCUGGUCAGCGAGCUGUUCCCUGUGCCUGCCGUGGAGCUGGACAACCUGAGCGUUCUGGAGGUGAUCGCCCACAGGCCCAACUUCAACCGAGUGCCGCAAGGGUGGGUGAGGAUUCUACCUGAGAGCGAGGAGCUGUAGCACGCCCGCUCCCUUCGCCAUCGCCACCGAUGCUUUUCUCGCUAGACUCAAACUUACUUUGCACGGUAGGGAAGAGGGGAGUGAGUAUUCUUCGUGAAAGCUAAGCCAGUGGUCUCGGGUCAUCCUCCUCUUCGUGGGGAUUUGAACGUGCUCCAGUCUGGGACCAUUUUGAAUUCCCCUCGUGCCAGCCAGUGUCACAAGGGCGUUUAGUGCUAAGCUAACCUGCCAAGUUCUCGUUGUUAAUGCCAGCAGAUCCCCGUAAGCUCCCGCACGGCCCGGCCUCGUGGAGAACGGCAGGACCGCCCGCUGCAACGCACCAGGCGCUCUCGCUGCUUUUUCCCCUGACACACAAGACCUGCUCUAACAGCUGGUGCCUUCGCGGAGAAAUUCCGCCUUCAAGACAACUCUACAUGUGUCAUUCCGGUCGGGAUGGCAAGAGGAUGUGAUAAUUGAAGAGUGGCAGCAAAACACGUUACUGGAGGCAUUGGCAUGUUGAAAGCACUUACCUUGGGCUUGGCUGGACAACAAAAACAAGUGAGGAACUGGGAUCUGCCCGUUUACCAACACAGCACAACCAGGAUAUAUGGGAGAAGAACGUUGGGAGUUGGAAACUUGUGCCCCAUUUGCCACAAGCUACUGACUGGCACUUGGCAGCUGGUAUUUUCCCCUUCCUACUGCUAUUUGCAUGCCUUGCUUAAACAUUUAAGCCCUUUGACUGAUUCACGCCAGAUUUGUGUCAUACAGCGGGUCGAUGAGGAUCAGGCCCUGGCUGGACCUGACGCACAGCGGAAUGGCACCAGUCUGGAGCUACUGCCGGGCUGUUCCGGCAGCUUCAGCACCAGCGGGGAGGAAGCGCAGCGCAGCCCCGACUGCAGAGCAAGCACUGCCUCCUCCAGGAAUGCAGAAAUCAGCAGUGAGGGUUCAACUAACACAGACGUUUUCAGCAGGGACACACGCAGCUAACACCGGUCUAUAGGACAGUCAUCAGGACAUCUGGAGAACCUUGCUGACGGCUAACAAAAGUCUCUGACUUAAUACAGGCUUUCCACAAUUGCUUUUGUCAGGUUCUCAGUAUCACCUUUAUUUUAUCUUGCAAAAGCAGGAGCAUCAGGAUAAAAGUUUCUUUUACACCACUGUGUUUAAACCAGGCAGGUAAAUUUUGUGGUAAAAAUAGUUAACAGUUGCCUCACUUGUGAAGUGUCUUUUUAAUGCUGUGCAGAACAAAUUCCACAGAGGGAUUCUGCUGCCCCAACACACCAUUCAGGCAAACUUCUGUUGCUCUGUUGUUCCCCCAGAAGCAGAAGGGGUCAAGUAAAUAGAAAGAAAAAAGGUCCGUUCCUUAAACAUUAAGAAUUUAUGAUGCUCAACUGCUGUCCUGUUCCAAACCCACCUCUCCCCUCUUUGUCCAUCAGCUGAAGAACCCAUGUACUCCUGGGGACCUGGCGGGAAAUAGUAAAUAAACUGCAAUAACGUAAA